CAUGCAAUACUCUAGUCUUCGCCAGAACGCACAGAACAAGCACCCGCGAGUUGUCCUGUUUUGCUGGCUGCUGAAGGAGCCCCGUUGACCGUGUUGAGCUCGCGUUAUUAUGGACCCGCUACUGGUGGCCAUUCCUUUGUGGCUGAGUUUUGGGAGAGCUGCUGCUCUUCAAGAGCCCGAGAUCUGCUACGUGCUGGAUGGCAUCCUGUUCUUGUACGGCGUCAUCCUGACAGCUCUCUACUGCAGAAUCAAGAUCUGCAAUGCUAAAAAGUCUGAGGCAGAAACACCAAAGCAGAAUCCUGAUGAGGGCAUAUAUACGGGUCUGACUCCUCACGCCCAGGACACAUACGAAACAAUCGGCAUGAAGAAGUGAUCAGUGAAAAUCACCUUUUCUUUCUUUCUUUUUUCUCUUUGUAUUUAAAUAUUGCACAUCCUGCCCUGCUUUUAAAGAGUAUACAAGAUUAUGCACACCAGUGUUCACCUCCCUUUUGUUUUUAAUGGAAAGAUGCCAACAUAUUUUAAUGCUUUAGAUAUAUUUUAUAUUGCAAUAGUUAUAAAUAAAAAAAAAACAAAUAUCCCUUUCUUUGACAUUGCUAUGCCGAAACUGUGACUGCACAACUCAGUUCCUCUUUUAAGCUGUUCGGAAGAUUGUUUGUGCAUGUGUGUGAAUAUGAGAGUAAUUUUGUAAGGGUGUUAAAAUGGUUUGCACAAAAAAAAGGAAGAAUGUAUUAUUAUUUUUAAGGCUGAGAGAACAUUAUUUAUCCUUUCAAAAUAAAGCUUUACUGAGCAGUGUUUCCGAAACACCACAGGAUGGCAGUGACGGUGUCCUUGCUGUGGUUCUGUCCACACACACACACAUAGAGGAUGUUUUGAAUGUAAGCUUCAGCCUGUAGAAGCCCAAAGGGUGUUUCAUGUACAUACAUAUGCAAAACCUUAAGUAUGCAAAUUAAAGAAGUUUGUCUGUCUCAAAAUUAGGGCAACGUUGUCUCUUAGAAGUUGCUUUCAGGUGUUACCUCUAGCCUUAAGCUACACAACCACAAAAUAAGCAAAAACAAACCUUUUCUUGACAGUGAUUUGACAUUAUUUACACAGAGUGCUAAAAGAUUUAAUCGACAUGUGUAUCACAUUGACAGAUCAAAACCUGUUCAGCAGAGAUUGUAAUGUGAUUGGGUGAGGAGGGCAAAUCAACAAAGGAGGACGUCCUGUUGAUUUAUGAAGUGACUGUAGAUUAUCACAUUUCCUUUGGAAUAAACCAUUACCUAUGUGUAAACACUGGAGUGUUUUGAGAUUUAAUAUAUGCAGAUGGGUUUAAGCUGUGUUCUACAGGAUGAAAAAUCUCCAUAGUGACUGGUGAUGUUUACGAUUAUCCCUUUAAAAAUAAAGGAUUAAUGUGUUUUCUUA